AUGGCCCAUCUCCGCCUCGCCAGGCUCUCCGACCUCCCAACCAUUGGGCAGGUCUUUGCGACCGCCUUCCACGACGAAGAGGUUGUCGGACCACUCCUGCACCCCUACCGCCAUCAGUACCCGGAUGACUACCUGGCCUAUUGGCGGCGACGGUGCUGCGAACGCUACUGGGAUUACGGCCGGGUGCUCGUGGUCAGCUGCGAGAAGGAUCCCAGCACCGGACGCGAGGUCGUCGUGGGCGUGGCCGAGUGGGAACGUGUCGGGCGACUGAUCCUCCCCAUCAUCAAGACAUUCAACCACAUCGUAUCGAUCUGGCGGCCCAACCGCGCCGCCGCCGUGGCUGAUCCGUCCGACCCCUUUCCCCUGACCCCGACGACGCUGCAGCGCACGCUGUGGCCGUUCAUUUCGCACUGUUACCUGUCGCCGCCGCACCGGCUCACGCGGUGGUCGCUCGACUGCAUCGCGGUGCACCCGGACUUUGAGCAGCGCGGCCACGGGCGGGCGCUGGUCGCGUGGGGCCUGGACCGCGCCCGCAAGGAGGGCAUCCCCGCCGGCGUCAUGGCCGCCGCCGACAAGGAGCGCUUCUAUCAGCGCUGCGGCCUGACCGAGGUGGCGGGCUGGGCUAACGACGGCGUCGACGACCAGGGAAGGGUCAAUCCCUUGAAAGGAAGGGUCAGGGGCGGAUGUAUCCUGUAUACGCGCGUGCCGGAGGAUGAUGAGUGGGAGAGCAUGCAUCCCAAACGGGAGUGA